AUGGACGAGUUUGGCGUUCGCGUAUUCCCGUCGUCUUCAACGAACGCAAUUCGAAACUCAAUUGCGGUUCUACACUAUGCACCGGCUCCACCUGAUCCACCGAUUGACUACACUCUGAACAGAAAACCUAGUUCUAAAGUAACCUCGCAUGGAGACAUCUAUACGAUACCAUGGAGAGAAGAGCACAAAUCUAUGAGCAUUCAGUCACAGAAUCGAAAUGGGCCAGCUGGUGUUGGGAAGUAUCGUCGUGACACUGCUGAAGAAAGUGCCUCAGUGCUAGAGGACCUGGAUCAUUUGCUUGACAAUGAAGAGCUCACUUUGCAGCAAAGAAUGAGCAGACUGGAG